AUGGACAAAGGAGAAUCAACAACAAAUGCAUGUACAGUUCCAAAAGGUGCAGAGGAUCCUCAACCUAUCAGCCUUCAACACAUGCAAAAUGUUCUUCUAAUCUGGUUAGACAGCAAUGUUGACAAGAACAAUGAAGAUUGUCAAAAUACAAUCACACAAUUGCGACGGGCUGUGAACGACAUCAACAUAUAUACAGAUGUUGAUCAAUGCCUCGAAUUUAUCCAAACAAUUAUCGACAAAAAGGUAUGUAUGAUCAUACCUGGUUACUUUGGACAACAUAUCGUGCCACGUGUGCACAAUAUGCCUGGAGUUGAUUCAAUUUUUGUACUCUGCGGUAGCAAAGAACGCCAUGAACAAUGGGUCAAAAAUUGGCCCAAAAUAAAGGGUGUUUUCACAGAUAUUAAACAAAUCUGUGAAGCACUCAAAUCAACAGCUCAACAAUGUGACCAAAAUAACAUGCCCAUGAGUUUUGUGGGAUCAAAUAAAAAUUUAGAUCAAUUAGAUCCUCCUUUUAUGUACACUCAGAUCCUCAAGGAGAUCAUAUUAACCAUUAGCUUCGACCAAAAGCACAUCCAAGAUUAUCUGGAUUACUGUCGCAAUAUUUUUACUGAUAAUGAAAAAGAAAUGAUUAAUAUUAACAGUUUGAAGGAUGAAUACCACAAGAACACACCAGUUUAUUGGUACACCUGUGACAUGUUUUUGUAUCGCAUGCUCAAUAGUGCAUUACGAAUGAUGGAUGGCGAUAUUAUUACACGAAUGGGCUUCUUCAUCAGUGAUUUACAUCGACAGAUCGAACAACUAUAUCAGGAACAAUAUGCUGGUACAACUGAUGCUAACACCUUCACCAUCUUUCGUGGUCAAGUUUUAUCUUCAGGGGAUUUGAAAAAAAUGAUGGAAAACAAAGGUGGUCUUAUUUCUUUUAACAGUUUCUUGUCUACCAGUAAAGAUCGCAGUACAUCACUGAACUUUGUUCAAAAUGCUACAAUAAAUUCAGAUCAAAUACGUGUCCUGUUCAUUAUGGAGAUUAAUCCUGCUCAAUCAACAACACCAUUUGCUUCGAUCGCUGGUAUCAGUGACUUUGAAGGAGAAAAGGAAGUCUUAUUCUCUAUGCUUAGCGUUUUUCGUAUCAAGGAUAUUAAACACACGGAUGAAAAUAAUCGUUUAUAUGAGGUUAGUUUGGUGCUGACUGCUGAUAACGAUCCAGAACUAUCUAGACUUACUGAUUACAUUCGAAAAGAGAGUUUUCCAGAUGCUGAAGGAUGGUACCGAUUGGGUUUAGUACUAUGGAAAAUGGGUCAACUUGACAGAGCGGAAGAUAUUUAUCAAGUUUUACUUGAUCAAACAACGGAUGAUAAAGAAAGAGCACUUAUUUACCAUCGACUUGGUUGCAUCAAAGGUGAUCAAGGAAAAUAUCAAGAAGCACUUACAUUCUAUAAAGAAUCAUUUGAUAUUAGGCAAAAGAUUCUUACUCCCGAUCAUCUUGAUUUGGCUAUGUCCUACAACAACAUUGGUAACGUGCAUAUAAACAUGAGUAAUUAUCCGCAAGCACUUUCGUGUCAUGAAAAAGCCCUUGAAAUUCGACAACAAUCACUUCUUCCCAAUCAUCCUGAUUUGGCUAUGUCUUACAAUAAUAUUGGUUUAGUACAUAACAACAUGCGUAAUUAUCCAAAAGCACUUGCAUCUCAUGAACAAGCCCUUGGAAUUCAACAAUCGCUUCCUUCCAAUCAUCCUGAUAUCGCUAAGUCCUACAUCAGCAUGGGCUUAGUGCAUUCAAACAUGGGUGAUUAUCCCGAAGCACUUUCUUAUUACGAGAAAGCCCUUAAGAUUCAACAACAAUCACUUCCUUCAAAUCAUCCUGAUUUGGCUAAGUCCUACAUCAGUAUGGGCCUAGUGCAUUCCAACAUGAGUAAUUAUCCGCAAGCACUUUCGUCUCAUAAAAAAGCUUUUGAAAUUCAACAACAAUCACUUCUUCCCAAUCAUCCUGAUUUGGCUAUGUCCUACAACAACAUUGGUUUAGUACAUAACAGCAUGCGUAAUUACCCGCAAGCACUUGCAUCUCAUGAAAAAGCUCUUGAAAUUCGACAGCAAUCAGUUCUUCCCAAUCAUUUUGAUUUGGGUUCUUCCUACAACAACAUUGGUGCAGUAUAUGGAAAUAUGGGUAAUCACUCAAAAGCUCGUACAUUUUUUGAACGUGCUGUACAAAUUGCACAACAAUCAUUACGUCCAAAUGACCCAAAUCUUCAUCAGUGGAGAAAGAACCUUAAACAUGUAAAAAACAAGUAA